AUGCCUAAUUCUCGUGUAUUCUAUCAUGUCUUUAAUGGUAGAGGGAAGCCAGAGCCACCGCCGCCCCCUUCCUCAUCCGUGAUUCCCUCCACUCUCAGCCUCCUCCUCUCUCGCGGCCUCCCUCCAUGCGACGAUAUCCUCGCGGUCUCCCUCCCUCCACACGACGCGUUGUCUAUCCGUACACCCUCCAUCGUGCAGCUCUCCCUGCCCUACACCGUCCUCCUUCCGGUCAGCCAUUCUAUCACCGUCACUUCCUCCAACUUUUUCUUCCUCCAAGGUUUUAGCUUGCGAUGCAUUUUGAGUCCCUUACACUCGUUGAGCUUGCUAUUACGGAUUUUCUAUUCGUUUGGUAUAUUUUUGGACCAAUUUCUGUAA